CAACCUUCCAACAAACCGUUCUCACAAAAACUUCCUCAAUCGCACAGCUAGAGAGAUAUUCGUUGAAAGAUAGGCUCAGAGUCUACUGAGUUGAAUUCACCCCAAAAUGCCUAUCAUGCAGCAAGCACAUUCAGUGGCAUCUUUCGACCCCAAGGCACCAGGGCCCCCACCAUACGCAAUGGGACCGCAGCAGAUGCAAGCACCAGCUCCGGUGCCAAUUUCUAAUGCGUUCGGACAACCGCCAGUACCGCAAAAUGGCUUCCAGCAGUUCCAGAGUCAGACCUACAUCCCACCUCACGCCCAAGUAACACCUUCGCAGGGACAUACAAAAAAUGACUCCUUUGUGGCACAGCAAUCACCUCCUCCAGUAUUGCAAUCAUAUCAAGGGCCAUCCAAUAUGACAUCUCAGCAAAUACAACAAGUUCAACAAGUCAUCCACAACAUGCCACCAGAAAAGCUACAGAUACUACAGCAUCAGCUUCAGAAUACAGCUCCGCAACUACCACUAACGAAUCAGUAUCAAUCACCACCGCCACCAUAUCAAUCCCCACCACCCCUCCAAAGACCUUCGUUCACGACAACCGCGCCAUCCGGUCUCUUUGGCUCCAAACACUCCUCCAGCUCCAGCCAAAGCGGCCCAAAAGAUGCACAGCAAUCCGACAAAGUCAAACGCUUCUUCGGCGACACACUGUUUGGCCGCGUAGCUCGCAGCUCCGUGUCAACCGCGACCUCGUUCGCCAAGAUGCCACUCUCGCUCUCCCCCUGGGGCGACAACAACCCAGUCACCCUACCCAACGUGCGCUACCGCGAUGCCGUGCUCUUCACAACCUUCGCCUUCGUUGGCGGACCACUGACCGAGGGCGCUGCAGACAGUGUGACCAGCGCAUUUGGCGCGGACAGCUUUGUGGCGGAAAUUGUAAACAGCGGCGCGGGUGCGAUUGCGGCAAGCACUGUGCUCAAGUACUCUGUGUUCCAGAUCGUGGAGCAGGCUAUUGACAAGGGGAUCUUGGAGCACAUGUUGCCCGAGGAGGAGAAGAUGCUCGUCACGACGGAAGUCAAAAGCUUACAGGUCGGCGUCAAGCACAAGCUCAUGGGCGUAGAUGCGGAUCUGAGAUUCGUCGGGGUGCGACCGACGCGGGACCUGCAAGGCAUUGAGAAAGGCUGGUUCUGUCCGUAUCUCUUUGCCAGCGCGCGAACACCCUCGAUCCCACGGUCAAACGACUUUGCCAUCGCACAAUGCUUUGGCCCGUUCCUAGGAGGCGACUAUCUCCUCGCCCACAAGCUCCUCAGCGAAAGCACUCACACCCUCAGCAUGUGCGACCCCAACCCCACCAUCGACAUCGGCACAAACCGCCUCCUCAUCCUCUUCACCGCCAUCUCCCCCUACCGCGCCAACAUGUGGUCGACCUCGCGGCGCCCCGGCUGCGGCACACUAAUCUUCCACCUCUUAUCCGGAUGCCCCGCGCUCGUCGUCCCCGUGACCUCAUCCGCUCCCAUAGUCGCCUGGUCGCCCUGGACGCUGGCGCAGAUGCGCGCCUACCAGUCGCGGGCGCCGGGGCUCGCGGCUGAGGAGGCGGGCUACUCGCCGGAAGUCCAGCACGAGCAGAUCUGUGAGUUUCUGGAUCAGGUGGUGAGUCAGCCGCAUUUGAGUCCAGCGGUGAAGGAGAAGUACGAGGGGGUGUUGGCGCGGAGCGUGAGUUUGGUUGUGAAUGGGGCGUUGGCGACGGAGAGGUGUGGGAAUGUAACGGGGAUGGGGAAGGUGGAUCCGGAGAGGGCGGGAGUGGUGAUGUUUAGGUACUGAGGGAGAUGGCGACCUGAUGCCUGUCGAAAUGACGGAUCGAUAGAGUUGUACCGCACUCAGGCACAUCCGAGUUACAUCUUGGCAGUUUUGAAGAACUACAAUCUUUUCUGGCAGAGCCAGUACGCU